AUCCCCGACCAUGUGAUCCAGAUCGAGAAAGGGCCCAAGGGAAAGCAGAAUGAUCGACACCGCCACGCGCAGCUACACCAUACUGAAGAUGGAGACCUCAUUGACCACGGCACCGACGUCCACAGCCACCUGCUGCAGGACCACGACGCCAAGAAGGUGCCGUACAUCGUGGACACCGACGCUUGGGAAUACCACAAGGCUCAGAUUCAGGAGAUCCCCAUCUUGGACGCCAGCUCCGAGACGCAGCAGUGCACAGCCUACGCACUCGAUCCAGCUGCAGCUUGCGAUCUCGCCGAGUUGUAUGGCAGAUGGACUAUGGCAGCGGAGGCAUCUUUGCUCAGCCUGUCGGAUGAAACACCGGUCAGCGACGGGCGACUCAGAGGGCAGCCGCUGCGCUAUCGGCUUGAGCAGAUGAUACGCCAGCCCGACCCUUCGCGCAUCCAAGCGGGCACCAAUCAAAUGGAGACCAACGCUUGGAUCAGCCUCGCCAGCCAGCUUCAACCUCGCUCAAUCCCCGUGACCACCACCAUGGACGACGCAGAGGCCGACCCCUUCGAUGCGAUCAACCGGUACGACGACGGCCUCGACUAUCUGGAGCUGUUGCAGCGCGAACCUGAGGACCCAGGUUAA